ACCAUUUAUAAACCCCAAUGCCUUCCCGUGACCGUACAACCACCACAUUCUCUCUCUAAUAAAAUACACGCACAAUCUCUCUACAAUCUAGGGUUUUUCAUUUGUACCAAUUGUAGACAUUUUCAAACCCAGCAAAACCCUAUAAUAUCUCAGCACUUCAAUUUGUCUAAUUUAAUGCUGUAAAAUAUUAAAACCCCUUUGAAUUGAUGCUCAUUUUCAGCUUCGACGUCGAUUGAUCUUUCCGGGCAAAAUGGACGCGGAUCAGGGCGGAAACGGCGGCGUCCCACAGGCUCCGGCCCCGAUUCCGAACGCGAAUGCUCCACCGCCGUUCCUCGUGAAGACCUAUGACAUGGUGGACGCCCCGAGCACCGAUAAGGUCGUCUCCUGGAGCCCCACCAACAACAGCUUCGUCGUCUGGGACCCUCCUGAGUUCGCUAGAGACCUCUUGCCCAAGUACUUCAAGCACAACAACUUCUCUAGCUUUGUUCGGCAAUUGAACACUUACGGUUUCAGGAAAGUCGAUCCAGACCGUUGGGAGUUUGCGAACGAGGGAUUCUUAAGAGGUCAGAAGCAUUUGCUUAAAAGUAUCAGUCGACGAAAACCUGCCCACGGAAGCAAUCAGCAACAAUCACAACAACCACAUGCGCAGAGUUCAUCAGUGACUGCAUGUGUCGAGGUGGGAAAAUUUGGGCUCGAGGAAGAGGUUGAGAGGCUAAAAAGGGAUAAGAAUGUGCUUAUGCAGGAGCUUGUGAAGCUGAGGCAGCAGCAACAGACCACCGAUAAUCAGUUGCAAACAAUGGUGCAACGCCUUCAGGGGAUGGAACAGAGGCAACAGCAAAUGAUGUCAUUCCUGGCAAAAGCUGUUCAUAGCCCUGGCUUCUUGGCGCAGUUUGUACAGCAGCAAAAUGAGAGCAACAGGCGCAUAACUGAAGGCAACAAAAAGCGGAGGCUUAAGGAGGAAGGUGUCUCAGAAGAUCAUUAUGGUGGCCGUGCUGAUGGACAGAUUGUCAAGUACCAACCUUUGAUGAAUGAAGCCGCAAAAGCUAUGGUCAGCCAGAUCAUAAAACUGGAUUCUUCUCUUAACCUUGAAACCUUCAGUAACAGUUCUGAUACUUUCCCGCUUAGUGACAUUACAUCAGCAUCAGAUGCAUUAGAUGGUGGGAGUCCUUCAAGCCUAAUAUCGGGAGUUACUCUUAAGGAGGUCCUACCAACUUCUGGGCAAUCUUAUUUGGCAGCAGGCUCGGGGAUAUCAGGACAGGGCCCUUCAGCUGUAGUAUCUGAGAUUCAAUCUUCUCCUCUUGGUGCAAGUUCGGAAAUUGUUACAACCAUACCAUUUUCGGCUAUGAGUCCACUGGUUGGACCGCAAGACGUGCCCCCUGUAAGUCCUCCCCAGACGGACAUUAUUUUGCCUGAGUUCUGCCCAUUACAAGAAAUGGCAUCAGAUAACGGCAUUGAUGUUUCCAAAGGAAGUUACGUGGUAACUGAGACACAGAAUGGUGGAUUCUCGGAUCCACCCUCAUUGGGAUUGAAUGAGAAUUUUUCAUUAGAUUUUGAUAAUUUGUCUCCUGAUCCUAAUAUGGAGUGGGACAAUUCCUUGUCUGGUAUUAGUGAUAUUUUUUGGGAGCAGUUUCUGGUUGAGAGUCCACAAACUCUGGACACUGAGGAGAUGGAGUCAACAUCAGUGGAAGGUCCUAGUGAAGCAAAGCCAUCAAAAAAUGGAUGGGACAAAACUCAACAUGUGGAACAUCUUACGGAACAGAUGGGCAAUCUUAGUUCAGACAACAACAAUAUAGUAUGAUCUUGUUGCACCAAAUGUACAUUUUGUCUACCACCCCAUCCGAGGUAAAUCCUGAAAAAAAUCUAGUUGUUUGUAUCAUCGUGGUCCUCAUUGUAUCUAAAAUAGAGAGCAACUUAUAGUUACUGUAUCUUUUCACCGUGGCUAUAUUUUGCACGUACUGGAGGACCUGGUUUUUAUUUUUUUUUUUAAUUUUUUUAAUGUGAAAAUUUUGUUUUUUUAACUCAUUUUGGUGCAAAACUAAAUGAACCCAACCAACAAGACAGGCUUAGUGGUGUUUUAA